AUAAGAUGCUCAAAAAUUUUCAUCAAAAAAUUCCACCGGGAACCACUCCAAAUGGCGACGGCCGGACAGAACCUCCUAAAUAAGGGCUUAUUUGACCUUUUUGGUUAGUACAUGCGCCUAUUUACACCGUACAUAGGCAUGGUUUUAGCAAAAAAUAGAAAAGUCAAUGAUCAAUUGAGUCCUUAUCCAAGAGAAGGAUAAGGAAAUUGCAGAAACUUAUGGAUCCAAUGUUGACAGGGGUUCUGAUAGUAUUGGCCUCUAUUCUCAUCCUAUCCACCGCCCGUUUUAUCCACGGCAAGAAGAAAAGAUCCCGGAAUCUUCCGCCGGGCAGCUUCGGAUGGCCGGUGGUCGGCGAAUCGCUGGAGUUCCUCCGCUUAAGCCGGGAAGGGACGCCGGAGAAGUUCGUGGCGGACAGAGUGAGGAAAUACAAGUCUGGGGUGUUCAAGACUAGCUUGAUGGGGGAGGCGGUGGCUGUGCUGAGCGGGCCGGCGGGGAACAAGUUCCUGUUCAGCAACGGGAACAAGCUGGUGGCGACGUGGUGGCCGGCUUCCGUGCAGAAGCUGCUGGGAGUGUGCCUGACGACCAGCGCCGGCGAGGAAGGGAAGAAGAUGAAGAAGCUGAUGUCAUACUUCGUAAGCCCGGCGGCUCUCCAGCAGCUGUACAUCAAAGAUAUGGAUUAUGGAUUUUGUGACGCAGCAGCAUCUUCAGGCUCACUGGCACGGGUGGAGUACCCAAGGAUCAGGCGUGUAUCCUCAAAACUCGGUUAUAUAGGGUGGAGUACCCAAGGAUCGGACGUGUAUCCUCAAAACUCAUAGAUUACUAUUUAGUAAUUCAGGACCGAGUGGUGUCCUCAUGUUAAGUUGAUUUGAACCAGGAUUUGUAUAUGAGUGGCUGGGGUUUAAGUCAAGGAUAUUGACUAAUACCAUUGUUGAGGUUUAUUUCUUCAACUCUUGGGCCCACCACGUAAGCCCAAAUAUUUCGAAUGGAUGGUGUAUGUGACUACGUGAUGCAAGCAAAUAAGAUGGGCUAAUAAAUAUACUCCGUAUGCAAUAGUGAGCCGAGUAUUAUUAAGUCUAAUAACUCCUCGUUACACUGCACUGUGCUAAGGCUUGCGGCCGUUCGUCUCACACUCAAGUAGAAGAGCUGCGAGUAAUAAGCUAAGAGCUAAAUGAAUACUAGUAAGGUAAGACGGGUAAGUUGUCAACCCUUUACAAUGAAGUAAAUGCUACUAUUUAUACUAUCAAGGGGCAGUUGAAUAUGCUGAUGUGGAGAGUUGUAGAUGGCUGAAGCCUCAAGUAUAUGCUCUAAUUAACUUUUGUAUAUUCCGCCUACGGUUCAAGUAUAUGUAGUACGGAAUAUGGUAUGUUAUACUCAAAAGAUGAGUGCUGCUAAUUUAUCAUGCUAACUUUUGGAUGGGUUUUCAUUUAGCAUGCUAGCUUUAGUGUUUGAGGUUAACACUCUUCCGUUAAAGUUAACACUCUCAAAUAAUACAGGGAAGUUGUUGCAUAUUUUUAAAACUAUAGGGGUGUAAGUAAUAAAACGUUAAACCUCAGGGGAGGUGAAUGAUAAUUUCCCUUAAUUGAAAUUAGAUUAGAGGACAAUUUAGUUAUUUUUUGUAUAAUUUUUUAAUAUCAAUUUUCAUAAUUCAACAUAUUCAACUUAUUUAGCCUCUUCAGUUAGAAUUUAAUCGAUUUCAGCAGAAUCAGUCGAUUAGCCAACUUCACUAUUGUCAAACGAGCUCUAAAUUUAAAUUUGUUUCAUGUUAAUAUGGUAGGAUCAACUUUGUUCAUUUAAAUUUCAAUAAAAAAGUUACAUUCCAAAUUUGUAAUACUUAACACAUAUACACAACUUAAUUAAAUUUAUGUAAUAUAUACACAACUUAAUUAAAUUUAUGUAAUAUAUGUAAUAUAUUAAAAUAUUACGGAGUAAAUGAUAUAAAUUGAAGUGACAUACGAAAGGAGACAUGAUAUAUACUAUCCUUGCUAGAUUAAUCAAAAAAUUUGGAGGAUUUUGUGUGUGAUAACGGACUAAUUCUAAGUCUCUUUCUAAUAAUAUGACUUAUUUACUCGCAUUAAACUUUACUUUUGGAAAAUUUUAUCAAUCGUGAAUAUUGACCGACGUAAAGAGCUACACAAUCGAAGGUUACCUUGGAGUUAGUAGGAUUAAUAGAAUCAAUAUGGUAAACAUAUCAUUCAACAAUUUCAUCAGUUUGAUCUUCGUAACAAACUGAACAUAAAAUACGAAAUAGGAUUGAUCUAUCAAGUAUUUCUCCUAAUUAACUGCCUUAUUAUCUCUAACCAGGCGACCUUGCCGUGACCAUAUAUUAGUAAUGGGAUGAAAUUAUGAAAAAUGAUUGUGACUUCCUUUUCUAGAAUAUUUUCGAAGCAAAUAUCUUGAGAACUGUUGUUAUAAUAGAAUUCUUGAAUACUGGAUGAUUGGUUUAGGGCUAAUAAACUUAUCUACAUAGAACUUGAACCAACUAGUUGAAAAAUUGAUACCAUCUUUGAGUUAGCUCAACUCUAAGUUUUUUACUCAUAUGCAUCUGUACAGUAUUUUAUUACGACACUAGAAGAUCGAUACUACAAAAUUCAUUAACAUACACAACAUGGAUGAGAAGUAGAGAACUUGACUAAUUAAUAGUUAUCAUUGUAUAUGCUAGCAUAAAUAUAUUGAAAACAGAAUAUAUUGAAAAUAUAAUCUUUGGCGUGUGUUUAGGUGAGGAGACACUGAAAGUGUUCCAUGUUGUGAAGUUGUACACUUUCGAACUAGCUUGUCACUUCUUUAUGAGUGUUGAAGACCCAAACCAAAUAAACAAGCUUUCGGCCCUAUUCAACAUUUUCCUCAAGGGAGUCAUAUCACUGCCCCUGAAUGUCCCCGGGACGAGAUUUUAUCGCGCAAUAAGAGCAACUAAUCUAAUUAGGGAAGAACUUCUUGCGAUUGUAAAAAAGAGAAGAGAAAAGAUGAGACAGAAUGGAACUUCAACCGCCAAUGAUCUUCUCUCACAUUUGCUUCUCACACCGGGCGAUGAUGGGAACUUUAUGUCUGAGUUGCAUAUAGUGAACAAUAUAAUCAUGCUUUUGUUCGCUGGCCAUGACACUUCCAGUGUUACUAUCGCCCUGCUCGUAAAGAAGCUCGGGGAGUUGCCUCAUGUUUACGAGAAGGUCCUUAAAGAGCAAAGAGAGAUUGCAUCUUCAAAAGAAGUUGGAGAGUUUCUUAAUUGGAAUGACAUACAAAAGAUGAAGUAUUCAUGGAAUGUUGCUUCAGAAGUCAUGAGGCUAUAUCCUCCUGUCUUCGGAGCUUUCAGAGAGGCACUUGAGGACAUCAGCUAUGAAGGUUAUGACAUUCCCAAAGGUUGGAAGUUUUACUGGAACGCUCCAAUUACACAUCUCAAUAAGAGUUUAUUCCAAGACCCGAUGAACUUUGAUCCAUUGAGAUUUGAAGGAGAUGGACCUCCACCUUACACAUACGUUCCCUUUGGAGGAGGGCCGAGGAUGUGCCUUGGUAAAGAGUUUGCUCGGUUGGAGAUACUCGUUUUUUUACACAAUCUGAUUAAGAGGUUUAGGUGGAGCUUACUUGUGCCCGAUGAGAAAGUGCAAUAUGAUCCCAUGCCCAUUCCUGCGGAAGGUCUUCCUAUUUGUCUUCAUCAACAUUAACUAUGAAAGAUUACACUGUUCCUAAUUGGCACGAGAAAGAGAUGUGAGAUAAUAUUUUGUUCUUACCUUGCUUUCUUAUAUAGAACUUU